AUGUUUUCAGCAAGUUCAAUCUGGAAACUAUACGUCCUUUCGGCCGUGAUUGCGCUUGUCAGCUUACCACCCGUUGAGCUUGCCGAAGUCCAACGACACGCGUUUUCACGAAGAGGAAAAGAAAACGAUAAACCACCUCCGGCUCCACUCAAAAACGGUGACCCAGCCCUAGAUAUUCGCUGUGGAGACAGCUGGAAUACUGUAGCAAACCUACCAAAAGACAAAGAUGGGAAAGAGCAAAUCGCUUGCAGAGGAUACGAUGGUCUGGGUUACUAUUGCCUAUCGGAAACAUGCAAAUACGGGAGCAUAACAAUCGAUUACGUUCCAUUCGGAUUCUCUCUUUCAGACUGGCGCUUUUUAGAAUGUACACGGUACCCUUAUCCUACAGAGAUAGACCCCGCAACUAAAAAGCCCCCACCACCAAUAACCGUGAAAACAUUAUCUCCAAUUGGCAUCUGGGCCCACAAUAUAGCCGGAUACAUGGCGGUCACAGGUUGGGACGACGAAAAGAAUCCACCAGACAAAACAACCCGGAACUACCGAUGUACAUGGACAGCAGUUGAGGACGUUAACAACCAAAGACCUGUGUGUACUAAAUGCACCCGCCAAGACUUCAAAGAAAGUACACCGCCGGAUGUCCCUGUCCCUGAUCCUAAGGAGAAGGGUAAGUAG